AUGUGUGGAAGUGUUUUUUUGAGAGUCACAUCUUUGACUGACCUCAACCCAGGAAGGCGAUUGUGGGCUUGUGCUCGAAACGGUCGAAGCUGUCCAUUUAUUGGGUGGGUGGACGAUCUGAUGUGCCAUAGAGUUGUGGAGGUGAUUCCUCGCUUGCUAAGGAAACUGAACAAUGUUCAAAUGAUGUUGAGUCAAGCUCGUGCAGAUGCUGUGAAGCUGAAGUGGAUGCUUCUUCUAUCUUGCUUCAUGUUUUCAUGUAUAUGUCUCAAACACCAUCUAUGCUCUGCAUUUGGAAACACUUUUGCUAUUGCAGAUACAAAAGUGAAGUUGCAUGAUGCAUCCAAAUCCAAAUCACCACCAAGGCAUUCCAAGAACCAUGUCUAUGAGCUUGUUGUCUCAGAUUCCACAAAUGCAUAA